AUGGUUCGAAGCUAACCGGUCCAUUUUGUCUGUGUUGAUUCUCGAUAUCAGUACCAGACCGCGGCAGGCCGAGUGCAGGAUCUCUAACAAUCUCAUGUAUGACUCCUACAAUCGUAUCAGGCAGAGCGUCGGAUAAGCGGCCAUUGUGGGGUAUCUCACGCGCCCAAACAUCGUAAUGACUUGCGGGACCUUUCCCUUUUGUCUGUCGAGCUCCACGGACCACACGUAAACAGAAGCCGUGCCGUGAAGGGAACAAAAUGAAAUCUGGUCUAUGAAAGUAUCAUAUCUAGGAUAAUCAUAAAAGUCAUCUCAAUUGCAAAACCCUGGCAAUCCCCAACCUCCAUACCUUAUCAAUAAUACUAAUCCCUUCCCCCUCAUGAAGUCAGACUCCUUGCCUCCGGGUCGCACAAUGAAUUCUGAUACCCACAUGCGAAUGGGACAUCCUAUUGUCUCUUCAUUGAUUAUCUUCUGCAGUAUCAUCGUGCUUUCAAUCUCAGCCUGGCUCACAUCAUGUUUUACUGUCGACGACAACUACUUCAGUCUAGCUGAACGAGACCGCACUCGUUUUCUAUUGUUUACUUCAGGAUGGACGAUCGUAUUCUCCGUUCUCUACAUGCUUUUCUUCUUUUAUCUUCCAGGAAGUGUUUUGGGUAGUGUGGGAUCUCAUAUCGUCUUCCUGUUUUUAACAUUUAUCUUCUGGACCUCGGGUGCUACAAGUAUAACUACAGUUCUCGGUGCAGAACUGAAUAACAAUACCCAGAGAAAUAUCAUAUAUCUUGAUCAACUCAACGCGCUACAAGGCUUUGCUUGGGUCACUGAGGCUCUUGUAACUUUCGCAUUAGUAGCUGUGCUCAUCCGUGGCAUCAUCGCAACCCGUCCAGGUUCAGACCAUCACGACAAUUUUGACGAUCGUGACAAUAUCAUAGUACGAUUGAGCAAAGUGCCGAUUCGGAGCCUGCCGGAGAGUCAUCCCCCGCACUACUAGUAUGCGUGCAACUGAGCGAGAGUCGAGACGCCUUUGAUUUUGUCGUUCUAUUCGAAAUUCGACAUGACCCUCCGGGCGUCCAUGCAUCACUUCUAUGUUCAAUUUAUCUUUCUUUCUAUCCAUAUUUGUUUCUUGUCACUUCCUUGCCACCCCAAAUCCAGCGGAUAUUGCUGUUACAUGUCUUUGCACGUCGCAUUUACUUCGUAAUGACUGCUUGCCUGAGCACACACUGCCAUACACUUAUACUUUUGAAUUGCAUGACCGAGCUAUGCUGUAUGCCUGCCAGGAUGUACCCGCUUAUGUAAUGUAGAUCGACAUUUGAAAAUAUUGUCGAAAGCAUUAUCGACAUCAAUUCA